AUGGCUGCUGCAUCUACUCAAUAUGCUCCAGGCCUUGACACAAGCCAGGGCUUCAAUGCUCAUGCUCAGCCAACAAAGCUUGCAAAGCACGAUGUUACCUACGAUAUGAUGUACUUUGCCCUUGACGCCAAACCGGCCCCUUACUAUAUGGGUCGUCCAGGCACUGUUCUCGGACCCCUGAAACCAUUGCCCGUCGUCAUACAUGAUGUUUCCGGAGAGGAGGACAAAUACACUCUCGACACGCAUGGCUUUCAGUUUGUCAAGCACGAAAGCAAGGAGAAGGAUUUCCUUGACGUCGAGAAAAUCAAGGCGGAAUACUACCCUGAAACGGAACAGCUAGUGAAGGAUGUUACUGGGGCCACGCGGACGUUCGUUUUCAACCACGCAAUCCGCCGUCAGCCCGUGGAAGCCGCUGAUGGAAGUGUGCCUGGGCGCGGCCCAACAUACAACGCUCACAUCGAUCAGUCUUACGAAGACGCUCCGAACCGAGUCAGAAGAUACUUUCCAGAUGAGGCGGACGAGCUUGUCAAAAAGCGGUAUCUAAUCAUCAACGUAUGGCGCCCUAUCAAGACUAUUCUUAAAGACCCCUUUGCCGUCAUUGAUGCACGUUCCGUGGCCGAUAAGGACCUUGUCCCGGUAACAAUGGUCUAUCCUAACAAUCUCGUUGACGAGAAGGUUGCCUGCAAGGCAAACCCAGACCACCUGUGGUACUAUAAGUAUGCCCAGCGCCCUGAUGAGCCGAUGCUGUUCAAGAAUUUCGAUUCGGUUACCGACGGCCGCGCAAGAAGGAAUCCGCAUUCCGCAUUUCAAGAUCCAGCUCAUGCAAAUGACUAUAUGAGGGAGAGUAUUGAGGUGCGAGUGUUGGCUUUUUUUGACGAAUAG